GGCCGUGUUGCUACAGCAGCGGCAGCCGGAGCCGGAGCCGGAGCGCGCCAUGGAGGAGCUGGAAGAAAAUGAUAUUAUAGUGCCAGCUGGAGAUUUAUUACCAUGCAAGAUUUGUGGAAGGACAUUCUUUCCAGCAGCACUGAAAAAGCAUACACCUAUUUGCCAAAAAACUGCUACUAAGAGAAGGAAGACAUUUGAUUCCAGCAGACAGAGAGCAGAAGGAACUGAUAUUUCCACAGUAAAACCUCUAAAGCCACGGCCAGAACCCCCCAAAAAACAGUCCAACUGGAGACGAAAGCAUGAGGAGUUUAUAGCAACUAUACGAGCAGCCAAAGGACUAGAUCAAACUCUGAAAGAGGGUGGAAAACUUCCUCCCCCUCCUCCACCUUCAUAUGAUCCAGAUUACAUUCAAUGCCCAUAUUGCCAGAGACGAUUUAAUGAAAAUGCAGCUGACAGGCACAUCAAUUUCUGCAAGGAACAGGCAGCACGUAUUAGUAAUAAAGCAAAAUUGGCUGCUGAUGCAAAAGGGAAGCUGCCUGCUCGAACACAGUACAAGCCUGCUACAGUUAAAAAGGCACCUUCUGCAGGAUCAACACCAUCCUCAUCACGCUUACCACAGCCAAGUAAUGUUAGCAAAACUGUUGUAGGUACACCUACGAGUAAAGUGUUAUCUACAGGUGGGCCUUCUGGAAGCAAAAUUCAGACCUUAUCUCCAGCUCAUAAAAAUUCAGUGAGCAUGACAAGCCCACAAGCAGGUAGUAAGACGGACAAGUUAGGCCCACCACUGCGAACUGGAAGAGAUGUGCAAAGGUUGUAUGACAGUGAUACAAAAGCAGACAGUACCAUCAAAAGACCAAAUGAGUUGUUGCCCAUUAACAAACCCACUGUGAAAACUCGAAUAUCAACCCCUCCAAGUAUGGCAAAAAACGCGGGCACAGGUGCUCUAGCAAACAAAAGGAAAAUCUAUAAUGCAGAAAGUUACUCAAGCAGGUCUGAUGGUAAAAUUGGGUAUGAUAGUGGAGACUACUCAUCCUCAGUCAAUGGAGGAAGUACAAAAAGCAGCGAUGAAAAUUCACCUGUACAGUUAUCAAAAUUUUGCCAUGAAUGUGGAACCAGAUACCCAGUGGAAUGGGCAAAGUUCUGCUGUGAAUGUGGAAUUCGAAGAAUGGUUGUGUGAAUGCAUUCAGAAAGGCAAAGAAAGCAAGCAAACAAAAAAACGAAACAAAAACAAAAAAAAAGAAAGAAACCCAGAGCUUCAGUUGCAUAUUGCAGCAUGGAAUGCUGGAGCACUCCUUCCCGUUAGAUUUCAUGCUGCAAACAUCCUGAAAUACCAUGUUGUAGUAAUUUACUGAGUGCAAUCCUUUUGGUUACAUAGUUAUUUAUAUAUAAAUAUAUAUACUGUAUAUAAAAAUUACAGGUACCUAAAACUGUGCCAUUCAAGGACAUUCUAAUCUCUGUUGGAAAAUAUUUUAAACUAAAUAGAGAUGUGUUUGGCAACUUAGCAAAUAGAAAUGGAUCUUUUUGUAGAACCCUGGUAUGUAAAAUAUUCUAGCUAUGAAACAUUUGGGCUUAAAAAAUGCUUCUGAGAAGGAAUCAGAUGUAUUUAUGGGACACUAACUAAGAAACUGUCUUUUAAGGAAGUAUGAAAACUGCAUGAGCAGCUCCUAUAACUUUCUAAUGAAAAUAUUAAAAGAUUGUCUUUGGUUAAAGAGAUUAAACCAUACUAUUCUAAUGAGCUUCCAUGGUUAUUUUCUGGCACUGCUUCUAAAAGAUUUGUUAAAGCAAAUGGACUGAAGUGCUGUGUGAAAGUAUUGUUCACCUAUGUAAAGAAUAAUAGGAAUUGAAUAAGAACCAAUGAAGGUUAUUACAUAUUUACAGCCAGCAGUAUGGGACCAGGCAUUUUUUUUAAAAGUUAUGUUUUUCAUAAUGACAUACUUUCCUUUCCAUAACUGUCCACAUGAGUCUUACCCAACAGCUCCCAUCUCUCCUUCCAGAGAUGUCUGCAGGUUCCUGCUCCCUUCACUUUCCUCCUCUUUCUCCAGAAGGAAAGACAAAAUAAUUUACUCCAGAAUUUUAAAAUAAAGUUUCUUGGUAUGUAUUGAGAUUUUCCAGUGGAUGGCUUUAAUGGAUGAUUAUCAUAGAUGAUAUAAAUAAUUUGUACAUCCAUUUUUUAAAUAGUCCUUAUAAUGUAUCUAACAUGAUAGAGGUCCAUAUAGUUAUAUGAAACUGGUACUGUAAGUUUUGAUAGAAGUCAUCACUUCCUUUAUUCUUAUCCCUGUGCAAAAGCACAGCCAUAUGUUUUAUGGAGCACUUAUGCUUCAUGGCAUAGUAUGAAUAUUUAAUUAUUCUAUCUGCAAUUUCUGCAUUCUCCUGGGCUGUUUACUGCAGCCAUUGAAAUCAAUAGCAAAACUCACAUUGACUUCCAGGGAAGCAGGAUCAGACACCUUAGCUGUUUAACUUUUGUAAUAUGACAACCAGCGGGGGCAGUUUAAAUAACCAGGCAAAAGCUGAGUUUCUUAGUCUGUGUCUGAAUUUAAAUGUUUCUGGUAUGUGACGUUUGCUUUGAAGUGUUUUAAACUAUUUUGGUUUCCCAGGGAAAAACAAUCUGAAAGAAUCUAAUUGUGCCUUUCCCAAAUUAACUGUGCUGACUUGUCCAAAAUUGUUACUUUUAAUUCAUUGCUGCCACUAAUAUAGCAGAUGUAUGAUUUUUGUUAAGGUGGUAUAUUGAAGCUUUUUGCCACAUAUGGUAUGACAUUGCAAUAUUUUCAAUUAAUGUAAUCCAAAAGUACUAUUAAUAUUUUUGGAGAAUACAGAUAAUGGGGCCAAAAUACAAACAAAAUGGAUUUGAUAUCCAUUUUGUGGAUACCUUUCUCUGAUUUUUAUGGAUAUCUUUAGGAACUUGAAGAUGUCAUUUUGUGGGCCCUAAACUAUUAUUGCUAUUUUAGGAUGACCAAGUUCAGUGGUACAGAAUUGUUUUGUAAUCUUUCUGAGAAAUUAAAUGUUUUUAGUAAUUGUCCCUUUACCAGGUGUAUUGACAUCUUUUCUAAUUCUCCAAUAUGGCCACUGAGCUGCCCAUGUUUAGUGUGUAAGAGUGGAUAACUACUAAAUGUGAUGUUGUAUAAUAGGUAGCCAAAAAUGGGCUCAGCCAAGGGAUACUGAAGGUUCAUAGGCCCAAUAUCUGAUUUAGUUUCUGUUCUUAUAUAUGUUGGCAAAUUAAAUGUUAUCAGUUUUAAAAAAAAUAAAUGGUAGCAGCCCAGCACUCAUCAUGAGCAAACCUGUAAUAACAGCAAUGUGUGUGUACAGUAUAAAGGGAAAGUUUAGUAAGGAAACAGAUUAGUUUCAAACUUACAAGGAUUUUAUUGUGAAUAAUGAGAGGAGUGGAGGACUUCUCUACAAAAUUAUGAAAGCCUGUCCUUUGAAACCAUAAAUGCCAAGUUUCCCAAUUCAAUUCAUGCAAUACAUGGUUUUAUAUUCACUGCUCUUUGAGCUGUUGUGUAAUGCAGUGCUUCAAAGUCAGGUUUUAGAAAAUUAUCCUAGAGUUAUGCACCAUUUAUUUUCUUUUAAUUGAAAUGUUGUGUGUAUUAGUCUAAAGUUUAAUUCAGCAUUACAACUCAGUAAAUUUAAACCUUGAUUAUUGACAAAAUGUAACAUUUAAUAAUGUGCACGUUUGAAACUUCUAUAAUAAAGACAUGAAAACACUAACAUAAAAUUUGAUUAUCCAGUUUGUUACUGCAUACUGAGGCUAUAGUCAGUAUGUUAAGGUUUGUUUAUCAAAAUGUUUUUAUUAUCUAAUAUUAUAGAUUUUUCAUGUAUCUAGUGCCAUCUACAGAGGACUGCAUUGCACACUGUAGCAGCACAGACUACUGCCUUUCCAUCCAGAUGUUUGUUAGCAAACAAAAACGGAAUGGUUUUCAUAAUACUCAUUGCAGAUGAAACACAUAAGGAACAUAAUUAAGUAUCAUAUAAAAAGCAAGAAAUAAGCAUGGUGAUUGAAGGAAGAUUAGUGAAGAACUUGAAAGCUCAGUGUACAUCUCUCCAAGAAUAUGUAUAAGCAUAUGUUCUGUGUGAACUCUUCAAAAAUUAUUAUCCAAAAUUAAAUUAAUAAAGCUAAGCUAAUCAUUUUUAAUUAAAAUGGGAAGAACACUAGAGAAGGAUUAUGAACCCCAAAACUACUGAAUAACAACAUGCAUUAACUGUACAUUUAAAAAUCUCUGAAUAAUUUUGUUGGUGUAAUUAUAUGGUCACAGUAUUACUUUUACCUCCAGGACCUUGACAACUUUUAUUAUCUACUAUAUAUAUUGUGCUAUUAGUUCUCUUGCAAAGGUUCUCUCAUUCUGUAGGAGGGAAUCAGUGGAGGGUUCUUGCAUGAAGAGCCAGCUCUGAAGUGAAGGUUAAUGGUAGGUUCCACAGUUGCCAACUUUCAUGUGGUAAAUAAGCACCCUGACUUUCACAAUAAGCCUAAAAUCAAGCUAAUCCCAUUUCAAAACAAGGCCAGAACAAGCCAGUCUCUAAGAACCCCAACACUCUGUGACUAGAUCCCACCCAGCGUGCAGUCUGGGGACUGGCGUGGGCCCGCUGUGCACCUCUGACUCUCUCACCCCUUGCCCCUGCUUUCCCCCCCCCCCUUACUCCUGCUUGCCGGGAACCAAUCAAGAAAAAGAAGCAGCAAGCUACAAGCCCAACAUGCAACAAGCUAUAAGCCAAAAACUAGCCAACUAGCAACUCACAAGCCAAUUAAGCCAAAAACAAGCUCAAUUUCUGUUUUGUUUUUUUUUCGUGGGUUUGGCCCUGCAUGCCAUCUUGGCUGCCAUACCAUCUUCCCUAUCCUGAAGGUGUUGAGUGCUGCCUCUUUUUAGGAUUUAAACCACCAGUACCUAGAAAAGUAUUUCUGUGCCCCAGAAAGCAGACACCAGACUUAGUGUCUUGCCUUCUCCUCUGCCUGUCCGUUUCUCCCUCAUGCUAUCUCACAUUUUUCUUUAAAAAUUGAACUUUUAGGCGGAACUUUUCAAAGGGAUUUGGACUCCCCAUUACAUUUCCCUUGGUGGAUUUGAAAAUCUCAAUCUUUAAGGUUUGUUGCCCAGUAAUGAGACCCAGCUUGAUGUUAGGAGCUCUCCAUGGUGCUCUGGCACUGAAUCUGCUCCUACAAUGCAUCUAAUAAUCAGUCUUUCAUUGCACAUGCUACAGCAAGUGAGGGAAACAGAGUGCUGACUGCAAAGUGCAUUUCAGCAACAGCCCCAAUGUUAGAACGUCAUGGAGGGUGUCUGUUACUGAGAGGAAGUGGCUCAGUGUUGUGAUGGUGCAGUGGUGCGCAGGGAAGAAUAGAUAAAAAAAAUUUCCUGAUGGAAAUAGCAGAACAGUAUCUCUCUGCAGUAGCUUAAAUGCUGCGUGCUGGCAUCCCGCAUGACUAGUCUACUGAACAUGAAAUCAAAUAAUAUUGUCUGAAUGCUAUAAAAAUCCCCUAGAAAUAUUAGUUAUCAGUCACAUUGAUUCUGUAUUGUAUGGGGAAUAAAACACUCCUGGUAGAAGCUUUCUGAAAUUGUUACUGGAAAAAUUGUGUUGCUAGAAAAGGGGCUAUUUUCCUACUUAAUUUUAUUGUUUUUGCUAAGCAGGGAAACUUAAAUGGGAACAAGGUUUUGUGCUUGCAACUGUGUGUCAAACACUGAAAAUAAAUGUACAUGAAAUGAUGGUUAAUGAAAUUGAGUGAAUUUUAUUUGCUUGCCCAAAAAAUAAUUACUUGCCUGGGGGGAGUGAGUGAGUAGACUUUUUUUAAGGCUCAUUUAUUAUUAAUCUGUGGGUAUGUAUCUUUUUUUAAAUUCAAAACAUAAUGGAGUACAGAGUUCUAUUGCAUUUUGAUAAGCACAGUUGAUUCAAAACCAGAUUAGCCUAUGGUGUGUUAGUUUCUUUUUAACCCACUAGUAAGGUUAAAUCACGGCCUCACUUUAUCCAUGUCAUAAAAAUAAUAUUUGGUAGGAAAUUAUUAGCAGUGUUUAGUAAGCUAGCACUCACUCAGCUCCCUGAGACUGUCUUCCUAGAUGUAUAAUACGAGGGUUGGCUGGUACAUAUUUCCAGAUGAAAAGUUAGUUUUUGUUUUUUUUAUUGUUUACAUAUAUUAAAGUGCAAACAUGUUACCAUGCUCAUGGGCACUAAAUAGAACCAUUAAAUAUGUCACGAGCAAUUGAAAAACUUUACAAAUUUUCCCUUUACAAAUAUGAACAUUCUUCAUUUGAUAUAUACUAAUUGAAAAGUAUUUUUCCCCAUGAAAAUAAUAGCCCUUGAGACUUAAUCAGAUGUAUUUUGAAGUUUCAUUCCAUUCAAAACCACUAAUGCAAAUGUAGUUAUAGAAUAACAGCAUUCUGGUGUGGGCUUUUGGCAGAAGUAGUGUGGGAUUUGCGCCUGAUCCAAUGCUGAGCACUCAACAGCUGCUGGCCCUGUGUGUGUCUCUUACAUGUAUCUUCAUAAGAUAAAGCACCCAUUUAUUUAUUUUUAUGCCAGCGUUUCACCUGUUUUAUAUAAAUGGUUCAUUAUUGUAUCUGAUAUUAUUAGAGUUGUCAUUACUGGAUCUGUCAUUGUUUAUGCCUGGCACUUUAAUGCAUCGAAUACUCUCAUAUUUGUCACUAUCAAGAGUCCGAUUUCUAUCAGAUGGCUUGAGUUUCUUGAUCACUUAUUUGCUAUGUGAAGUUUGAAUUCUCAAGUGUCAAUUCCAUUUUAAUUUGCAAAUGUAAUUUGUAACUAGCUCACCCUAUACAAUCUUGCCACUUGUUAACAAUAAAGCAGAUCUGCUGGAUAAAGCA